AUGUCUGUAGAACCUGAUUCAAAACCUAUAGAAACCUCUGAACCAAUUGAAGCUGGCAGCGCCGUGAUAAAUGACGAGACUGUUCAAGAUGCUCCGCUAUCGAAGAAUCAGAUGAAGAAGCUGAGGGCUAGAGAGAGAUAUAAGGAUAAAAGAAUGUUCAAACGAAAAGAGGAAAGAGAGAAGAAAAAACGGAAACGACAAGAAAUCAGAGAUGCUGGCGAAGGUCAUACUCUCAUACGACACAGAACCACUCUUAUGGAAGAUUCUACUUGUAAAUUACGAGUCGCAGUUGACAUGGCAUUUGAUCAUUUGAUGUCUGAAAAAGAUCAAAGAUGUACAGUUCAACAACUAGGUUGGUGUUAUGCAGCAAACCGAAGAGCCCCUGCCCCUCUCCAGUAUUAUAUAGUGAAUUUUGAUGGUCCUAGCAGAAAAUUAUAUGAUUCCACAAAAGGUACAAUCAGUCAAGACAUUCAUGUGGAAACUAAAGCUUUGGAUGUUGCCUUCAAACCAGAGGAGAUAAUAUACCUGACCGCUGAGUCUGAGAAUGUUUUAUCUACUUUGGAUGAUUCGAAAGUUUAUGUUAUUGGAGGAAUAGUUGAUCAUAAUUCGCAGAAAGGACUGUGUUUUGAAUUGGCGAAGCAAAAGGGUUAUGGUCAUGCCAGGUUGCCCAUUGACGAAUUUGUCUCUAUGAAAACAAGGAAGGUAUUAACUAUUAACCAUGUGUUUGAAAUCUUGUUGCACUUCAUUUCUACCAAUAAUUGGGAGGAAUCUUUCUUCAAAGUUAUCCCACAACGGAAGGGGCUUGAGAAGAAAGCAGAAGGCGAAGUUGAAGCAGAAGCUGAAGUUGAAGUUAAAGCUGAAGCUGAAGUUAAAGAAGAAAAAGUAGAGGAGAAACCUGAAGUCGACUGA